AUGCGUCUGUCGAUAUCCUGUGAUGCUUGUCGGCAAUCAAAGGUCAAGUGUGUCCAUGACGGUCAGCCUCCCUGCCGGCGGUGUCAACGCCUCGAUCGACAGUCCUGUGUACUCACAGACCCGCGGUCGUCGCCAUUGCGCCCUAGACGAGACUCAUUGCGUGUUCAGUCAAAGGCAAGACCAACAUCUAGGUCGGGAGCGGAAAGCUGUCCCGUGAACGGAAGCAAUGGCAGGCAGUGGUGCCCAGUUGCCACCUCUUCCAACCCCAUUGCUUCAAUCCCCUCGUCCGUCCUCAUCAGUGCCUGUGAUAUUUAUCGCAAAAAGUUUCCUGUGGCCAACUUCCUUCAUUAUCCGUCUUUGAUUGCUGAAAUCUCCACCAACCCCUCAUCGGUGGAUUCAGUAUUCGUGGCUUCAUUGCUCGCCCUAUGUGCACGAUUCCUGCCGGGGCAUCAGUUGCAACCUGGAGAGGUAUACGCCGAGUAUGCGCGGGUGCAGUUAGCUCAUCGGGCCUUUGAAGGUCCUUCUCUAUACUUGGCACAGUCUUUGGUGAUAGUCUCAUUAUACGAAUGGGGGUCAGGCCGUCCUUAUAAGGCGUGGAUGUACAGCGGAAUGGCCACAUACAUGAUUCAAUCGCUCCUGAAGACUGCAGACGACAGCAUGGAACACAAUCCGGAUGAGUUUCAUUCCUCCCAGAUUCAAUACGAACAGCUGGUCCGCACGUACUGGUGCUGCUUCGCCCAAGACUGCGAGUUGAGCUCGGGUGCCCGUCAACACUUCGCCCUAUCUUUUCGCCAGAUAUCGGUACCACUACCCAUUGGCGACCAUGAUUUCAACUUUGGUCGACGAGCAUCUCGUCGGCUGAUGCCUGCUAAUCUCACCCGAGACUCCCCUCUUUCCGCUGCCAUGACCAUCGAUCACGGCUUAACGAUCGUCACGCGCGGGUUUGACAUUUUUGUGCGUAUCCUGCGGUUUGCGAACGAAAGCCGUCGUGGUCGGACAUCAUCAUCGUUGAAUACCGCGCUAUCGCCGCAGAAAACGUGGGAAAGUCUUAAGGAGGAACUGGAUGAAUGGCGAUCCCUGCAGGAUGUGACAGUCCGGUAUCCAAGUACCAGUGCCCAAGCGCAUGUGGCUCUGGGCAUCCUCUUUCUUCAUCGCGACCGGGUGCUAUCGAGCUUGAAACUUCUGCAUGGCCCGAAUCAUGAUCCGCGAGUCGCAACAAACUUGGAAGAAUCCACCUGGUGCGAGGCCGCGAUUGAAGAGCUGUUUGAAGCGGCCCAGAACAUCGGUGGAAUCCUGUCAGCCCUCGAAGCGUCCGGUGCGUCAGUAAUCACUCCAUACGCAGGAUUUAGUGUCUUUGUUGCCGCUCAUAUCAAUAUGUAUGGCACUGUGUCGCCACGAGGUUACCCAGGGGGCCAAGAACGGGCUGAGCGGGAGAAAAGAGGGAACUUCGCAUAUCUGGAAAGACUUUGUGACUUCUGGCCAGUUGGCCAUAGCUGGUGGCGGACUGUGCAAGAGGCCAACAAAUUUUACGAAACUGCAAAGAGUAACCACGAGCACACAGCUUCCGGCGACCGCCCGGGCCACCUUACUCUAGCCAGCACACUGGACGAGUACGGUGAUAUUCGCUGUUCACGCCCGCGCCAUGAUGUAUCUAUAACGCGUAAGCGAGAUGUAGCAGGGAGGGAUGCCGCCGUGCCGCAAAAUCAUGGACCAACAGGUUGUCCAGCCCAUGCGAGCAUCACCUUUAACGAUCAGGUCAUGCUGGAUCCACAUGAGCUCGAGACGGAAAUGAUGCAAUGGCCGUUUAUUGAUGAAACGUGGUCGUCCGGGUUUGAUACUGGAUUUGAUGCUGCAUGGCCGAACCCGGGCUAG